UGCUCUGUCUCCACAGAUCAAACCUGAAGCUCUUUCUGGAUUUUAAACGUUAAUUCUGGGAAAAAAAAUUCAUCUGGUUGCAACAAAAACACCAACAAAUCAGUGGAUCUCCAGGAUCUCGUCGGGACAUUUUUUGUUCCUGUCAGAACUUGUGGAAUUUUAUCAGACUUGUUUUACCCUCCUGGAGUCCAGCGUUCGGUCGGAGCCAGGAUCUUUUGCGGGUUUUAUUCCUCUUCCUCUGAGCAUCAGCGUCUGCGUGCAGCUCGUUUGACUGAAUGCCCCAGGAUUACCCUCAGGCUGCAGCUCUUCAUUCGGCCUGCAGAGCGGCAGCAGAGAGCAGCAGCUGGCAGCUGGAGAGGCGGAGCAUCAGCAUGAGCGACUUCUGGCACAAGAUGGGCUGCUGUGUGGUGGCUAAACCAACACCUAAGAAGAAGAGGAGGAAGAUUGAUCGCACGAUGAUCGGAGAGCCGACAAACUUCAUCCACCUCACACACAUCGGCUCUGGAGAGAUGGCAGAGGGUCUGCAGCCGGUGAGAGGACACGAGUGUGUGUGAGACAGACAAAGACAGACAGAGAGAUUGACAGAGAGACAGAGACAGAAAGAGAGACAUAGACAGAUAGAGAGACAGAGAAAGAGAGAGAGCAAAUGUCACUUCCUUCCUGUUUCUAUUUUAGCUUCACUCCCUCAGAUCUGUUAGUCUGUUAGAACACACACACACACACACACACACACACACACACAUUCAUUAAUUACAUCAAUUAUUAGAUUAAAAUAAUAAAGCAUUUCUCACAGAGUAGAAGAAACAGCAGUAGGUGAGAAUCUGGAUUAUCUAAAUAAUAAUAAUCGUAAUUCCUAAGAUGUAGUUAUCAAACUCUUACCACAAAGAAACUCAAUGAAUAAAAAGAAAACACAAACAUGUAGAACUGGAAUUCAAACACUUUUCUGUAAAAUAUAAUUUCAUCAAAAUAUUAAAAUCAUAACAAAUGAAACAGGUGACAAAAUAUUGUACGGAGUGAAUUCAUUGUGUGUGUGUGUGUGUGUGU